CUUUCUCCUGAUACCGUAGCACCAUUUCUUUAUUUCUCUCUCUAACUCUCUUCCCCCAGUGCGUCAUGGCUUCCCCCCGGCUGGAGACUUUCUGCUGCCCGAACCGAGACGCAGCGACAGAGUUUGUGGUCACCUUCCAGCCCGUCUUGUUCGGGGCUUUAGGUCUUGGAAGCGCGACUCUGAGUCUCGUAUUUGCUGUUUUACAAAUUCUGCCAAAACGCAAGGGAUACAGAAGACUCGGACAGUACCCGCUGCCAAGGCCCGCGUCCUCCUCACGGAUAUUGUUCAUCAUCAGUAUAUGUGACAUACUGGGAUGCACAGGUAUCAUUGUAAGGUCAUCUGUCUGGCUGGGCCUGCCGACCAUCAUUGACCGCGUCUCAGUGGCCAACAGCACUGAAGCCUGGCCAGAGGUCUUCUGUGUUGGCAGUGCAGUGUGGAUCCAGUUGUUUUUCAGCGCUUCUUUUUGGUGGACCUUUUGUUAUGCUGUUGACGUCUUCCUGGUGGUAAAAACAUCUGCAGGAAUCAGCACCAUUAUCCUCUACCACAUGAUUACGUGGGGUCUGGCUGUGCUGUUGUGUGUUGAAGGAGUGGCCAUGCUCUACUACCCAUCCAUCUCUGAUUGUGAGCAAGGACUCCAGCACGCCAUCCCCCACUAUGUCACCACAUACGCACCGAUGCUGCUCGUCCUCGUAGCCAAUCCCGUCUUCUUUAAUCGGACCGUAUCUGCAGUGACAUCUUUACUAAAAGGACGACAAGGAAUCUACACCGAAAAUGAGAGACGGCUGGCCAAUGAGAUAAAAAUACGCUUCUUUAAAAUAAUGCUGGUGUUCUUUAUUUGCUGGGUUCCCAACAUCAUCAAUGAGAGCCUCCUCUUCUACCUGGAGAUGCAGACAGACAUCAAUGACAACGGUUUCAGGAAUAUCAGAAACGCUUCCCUCAUCACAUGGUUUAUCAUGGGUAUCCUGAACCCCAUGCAAGCUUUCCUCAACACCCUGGCCUUUCAUGGCUGGACAGGCUUCGACGUUGACUUCAGACUGCAGCGGAGCAGAGAGCUGGCCUGGGACUCAGCUUCUACUUCAGUGCCUAACGCAGCAGGCCAUAAUACCACGGUGGGUGCGACUCUGCUCUACCAGAGUCAUGUCCAGGAAGCCAAGAAGAACAUGAGCAACGGACAGCACCACUCCGACGCCAUCAGCGUCUUAUCAGAAGGUUCAGACUCUAGUACAGUUGAAAUCCACAUUUCCAGCGAGCUACGAGACUAUGAGGAAGUAGACGCUGAUGGAGAAUCCUUGGAGAACUCUGUGAGGCACUAGCUGGGGGGUGAUCAACAACCCGCCUCCCUCUACUUUUCCUGUGUUACAUUGUUCUUUUAGCUAGUUUUUUUUUUUAAAUAGUCUCCUCUUAGCCUCUAUUAUCCUGCUGAGAUUUCCCCCAGAUAUUAACUAGUCAUGAGAUUUCAUUAGUUGGUAUAACAAAAUAAGUCAAAUUCUUGAUUCUAAGCCUUUUAUUCCUUCCUAAGCUUUUUAAAUCUGUCUGCAGUACAGUACAGUACAGUGUAACAUUCAAACCCAUCGACAGUACAGCAGCUGAAGAGUUCAAAUCUACUUCACUGUCUCUUACAGCAGUCAGUCAACAAAACAAACAUGACAAUUUUUUGGUUAAUAACUUGCUGACCUUUAAAAGUGCCUUAAGUGCUUGAGGAAAUAUUUCUCCUGGAAAAUUCACUGAAUUAGAUGUGCUCUAUUGACAUUAAGUUCUCAAAUGCACAACAAAAUGUAAUAAGCCAAUUAGUGGUUUAUUUUUGGUUUUUUUUAAGUUACUGCAUUUCCAGUUGUCCAUCUUGUAUUUUUGCACACAUCUAUUUUAUACUAUAUUAAAUUUCCAAAAUAUUUCGUAA